UGGCGAUGGGGUCGACAAGGAUCAAAAGAGGGUUUAAUUUAUUAUUUUAAAAUAAAGAUAAAAUAGGAAAAAACUCAGGGUUUAUCCGUUCAUCAACAUGAAAACUAGGACGCUGAAACCCCCAAAUCAGCCGCUGCAAAGAAGACCCCUCCGGCAAGAAAGACAGCCGGUGAUGCUACUCCGAACCCUACCGAAGUUGCGUCAGGAUCUGCUACACCCAAGUCCACGGAGAAAAAGCCUGAGCCUGCUUCUGCUACUGCUACCAAAGGCAAGCAGGUCAAGAGCAGCACCGAUGCUAUGCCAGGGGCGAGCACCGAUGCUACGCCGGGGGCGAGCACCAAUUCGAAGUCGGAGCCGUCGGUGGAAGGACCAAAAGAAUCUGGUGGUGCUGGUGCUGGUGCUCAAGUAACACCGAGAGCAACAAGAAAAAAAAUUAAACAAAAUUUGUAAAUUGUGAAAAUUUCUUAUACGGCAGAG